AUGGCUAGUGAUACUACUGGGUCUGGAGGAGUCAAUGACUUCGAAAUCUAUAUCCGAUUCAACGAGGACCAAGACAAGGACUACGCAUUCCAUAUCGAUUCCGACACUACGUUCGAAGACCUUCAAAACAUCUUCAAGACAUUGCCUAUUUCUCUUAGACCUUCUGUGUUCUACGACACAAAGCCAGCGAAAUUUGGGUACUCUACCUCCCCGGGCUACUUGACUGCCAAUGGUGGAUUAUUAUACAACUACAAUGCUGAUCAACCCCGCUUUACGAAAUAUCCAAAGAGUCAACUUGACAAGGUCUCUGACUACGUCUGGCCAGAACAAUUGAUCUUACCAAGUUGGAAUUUUAAUCAUUUUCAUAACUUGAAUGUUAUUUUGCUUUUAUUGGCCUGGUUAUAUACCGAUUUGCCUGAUUUUAUUUCUCCUACCCCUGGUAUUUGUUUGACCAAUGUAAUCUUCAAACUAUUGGCGUUCUUAAUUAUUAGUUUUACAGAGGAUGAUAACCAUCCUUGGGCUAAAAACAUUUUGAAGGAAACAGCACUCAACAACACCGGUAAACCUGGUCAAAUUAUUUUCUUUGUGUUCCACGUACUCAAAUGUUUGAUGAUUUACCUGGUUAUGUACUUUGGGAUUGCUAAUCCAUAUGAAGCCAAUUAUUUGGUGCUCUUUGGCAGACGUAUGAAAAACUUCGUUUAUAGCUCAUUGUUAAGUAUUAGCACCACAAAUGCAUCACAGGAGUUAAGCGCAGAAAAAUUACUCAAAAUUGGUUGGACUGGUACCAGAAAGGUUUGUAUUGAUGACUAUAUUGAUUUUUACAGAAAUCAUAUUAUUGCCGAGCAUGGUGGUGUUGUCAAGGCUCACACAAAAGGAAUUUUGAAGGAUCUUAACAGCCGCUUUGGUGUCUUAUUGGGUGAAGGUGAAGGUUUCGAAACUCCUUUACCAAAGAAUCACAGAGAAGAAUUGUUGAAAUAUCCAUUGAAUUUGCUCGCUACCAAAAAUUUCCCUGGGGUUGUUAAAGAUACAGUUGAGUUUUUGGAAAAAGAUCAAGUAUCAGAGGAAAAUGAGGAAACCGUGAAUGCUGAAACAAAAAAAGAAGUUGAAGAUGAAGCUAAGAUAAAAGCUAGUAAAGUUGAGCCACUAUCUCCUUUAUUUACCGACUCAGCAGAAGGUUUAUUCAAAAUGUCUUACAAGUUCUAUAGUUUCUACAACAUCUCAUUCUUGUACAACAAUGAUUUGUUCUCUAAUGAUGAUUAUAAGAGCGAGCUUUACCGUUUCAACGGUAUUGAUGCUGUCCGCAACUUUAGAAAGUAUGGGUCUUUUGUUACUAAGGCUUCCAGUUGGAAGAAAUACUUUGACUUUAGAAACUCCUUAGGUGACUGCCGCAAGAAUGAUAAAUAA